UGCUACAACCACCACCACACCUGCUACAACCACCACAGCUGCUACAACCACCACCACCCCUGUACCCACAACCACCCCAGGAUACACCACAACCAUGGCCUCCCCUGUGUCUCUAAGUAAACUUCCUCUGCAAUUUUCUGUAAUUGUGGAUUAUGCUGCUCCUUCAUGUGAGGAGGGAGUCUACUUGCCAAAGUUUGUGAACCCAACACCUGCAAAUGGGGCACGUGUCCAAGCAGAGGUCAACAAGGAAGUGGAGAUCAGAGUCAAAGCACAAGUCAGAUAUGGAAGCAUACAAAAUAUCUUCGUGAGUGGGCCGAUGAACAUCAACAAACACAACAACGCGCAAAAUGAGUUUGUCAUUAAAUGGACGCCUCUCCAAAGCGACUUGGGAGAUCAUUACCCAAUCUGCUUUGCAGUUGAUGCAGUGUUCGGGUCUCGUAUCUUCCAGUCUGAGAUGAGGUGUGUUCUGGUCGGCGUCAGCACUACACAAGUUAAAUCUCACGUGAUCUGCACCGAGACCACAAUGACAGUGAUGGUUGAGAAAGCCUCGUUCCCUCGACUCCACCAGGAUCAUCUGCGGCUCAGUGAUCCCACAAACACGGUCUGCAGCCUCCAGACACACUCCAACAGCACUCACGUCAUCGGUGUCUUCCCCCUCAAUGCUUGCGGUACUCAGAUUGAGGAAGACAAUGACAACCUCUAUUUCAAGAAUGAAAUCACCCCAUUUGAUGACAGCAGAGACCUGAUCACCAGGAAGCAUCUGCUGGAAGUGCAGUUCUACUGCCAAUACCCAAAACGAGGAAAUGUGACUCUGGGCUUCUUAGCACACAGGAAUAAUGUCACAGUGUGGGACAAGGGCUUUGGCACAUUCACCUAUCAGUUUGAGUUCUACCCUGACAAUCAAUUCCAGACCAUGAUCGAUCCAAAUUCAUACCCACUGGAGUACGACUUAGGGAGCAGGAUUUACAUGCAGAUCGAGGCCACCUCGUCUGUCAACAACACAGAGCUGUUUGUGGAGUCCUGCAAAGCUUCACCAUAUGACAACCCAAACUACAGCCAAACCUACUCCAUCAUUGAAAACGGGUGCAAAGUGGACCCAACUGUUGUAAUCCAUCCCAGCAGUGAUGACAAAGAAUUCCAGUUCAGCAUAGAGGCCUUCAAAUUUAUCGGACUGCACGAUCAGGUGUACAUCAGCUGUUCACUCAUGAUGUGUGAAGCAGGAAACCCCAGCACAAGGUGCUCACAGGGGUGCAUUGCCCCACAGUCCAAACGCCGAAAGAGAGAUGCAAUCAUCCAGAGCGCGAACCACUUUGUUUCCCAGGGGCCCCUGCGCCUCCGGAGGUCAGCAGAGAGCCGCGAAGCCACAGGGACCUGGAACUUGAAUUUGAACCUGGUGUUCAUCGCUGGAUGUCUUCUUGCAGCUGUGGGCAUGGUCUGUGGCGUGGUCAUCUACAAAGCCAAAGUGUCAAAGGUCAAAUACCAACCUUUGCCAAGUUUUGAGCAUUAAUACAGCAAUGUGUGCAAAACACAUGUAUGAAGGAAAGACGGUGGCAUGGCUGCAUGUCCCCGGCUGAUCUGACAGACGCUCUUUAAAAAUAUGUGCUAGAUAUUAAAUACUGCAGAGGAAUCUAAGUCACUGCAUCUUCAGGUGAAAUUAUUACUCAGACAUAGAGACAAAUAAACACAUCAAUGAGUAGCAACUCUAAGCCAUAUAGUCACAGGCCGUCAGGUCAAAUUACAACCCAGAGAUAGGCAGAAGUCUGCGUAAAGGCUGUGUGAAUGACACUUGGCAUUUGUCAGACAUCCUCUGAUUCACAUCGUUUUUCAUACAGGGUACAGGAUAAAUGUUCAUGCUUCAUUUUUUUUUUAUCAUUUAAGGGGAUAUUUUUGUUGAUUUUUUUGCUUAUAAAACUUUAUUUUUUAUUUACUUUUAUUUUUUUUGAAAGCAGGUUUUGGGUGUUGCUGCUGUAUAAUGUAUGAUGUACGAUUAUGUGUGAUUUUACAGUAUGAUGACGUAUGUACAAUAUAAAACAAGUAACCUGA